AUGAUUAUAGCCAAUGGCAACGCAGAUCUUUUUCAGGAAGACGAAGAUGGUAGAACCUCAUUACACUGGGCAUGUAGUACACAGAAUUCUCAAGUUAUCAAGGCAUUAACACCACAAUUCCGGGUUCAUUUUGAUGAAUCAGCAAGUGAGAUCUUGGAUAUUUCCGAUUGGCUGCCUCUUCACAUCUUAGCAAGUGUUGGCAACCUAGUUUUGUUGGAGUAUUUACUACAACAGUUUCCAAGUAGUAAUAUUAAUGCGGGUACUAAUACUGGCACCACCGUACUACAAUUGGCAAUAUCUAAAAGAUGUAUACAACUUGCCAAAUGGCUUUUGACAGUCGGCAAGUCAAGUUAUGGACUUCGAGCUGGAGCCAAAGAUAAGCGAGGCUUAAAUGCGUUGCAUCGUGCCGCUAGUGUUGGAUCCGUUGAAUUAGUUGAAUUGCUUGUUAACGAGGGGAAAGUGAAUGUUAAUUCUACGGACGGUUUAGGGUGGACAAGCUUACAUCAUGCCAUGAGUGAGGAACAUGUCACUGUUGCCGAGAAGUUACUAGACUUAGGAGCAGAUUGGGAGGCUGUGACAUCCGAAGGGGAAAGUGUCACUUCAGUGUGUUUGAAUAAAAAGGUUGUUGAAGAAGUUGAAAAGCAUAAGAAUAAAUUGAAUUAG